GUAGUACAAGCUGAAAUGUAUGUAUAUUUUACCUGUAUGAAAAUUGUAUAAACUAAACUAAGUAACUAAACUUUAGGGUUCCGUACCUCAAAAGGAAAAAACGGAACCCUAUAGGAACACUUUGUUGUCCGUCCGUCUAUCUUUUCCGUCCGACUCUCAUUUGUCCGGUUUUUUUGUUAAAGGUUACUGUCAUUGUCCGCAAUAAUACGAGAGGCCCAGUUCUAAAUGGAAGCAAUCCUCAUAAAAGUCAUAAACAAACCAUUUCACGCAAUGGAGCGAGCGUGCGAAAACACAAACACAAACGUAAGUAAUCGUGGGAACACUACUUUUUACUCUCGUACUCAGUUUAGCAGAGUUUCAAGACAAUGUCGGUUCUUGCGUUACUUUCUUUGCUCCUAUUGUGCGCAGCUCAUCCGCGACAGAAUUUCCGAUGUCUUUUUUACAAAGGCGAAUGUGUACCCCACUGUCCACGUAACAUGCACCCGUACCACACGCGCUGCGAUCAAGAUGCAAUGUCGCAGCGCACUUGCCGUUCCAGAUAUGUCUAUCCCAUAGGGUUCACAUGCGGCUGGUCGCGCUGCGAUUGCAACGGUGAUCUUCUUCUGGAAGAGGAUCAAAUGCGCUGCGUGAAGGAAGAAGACUGCCCGGAUCCGAGUCUGCGCAAGCGCAAGUCCCGGCGUCGGCUGCACUUGCCUGAGGGCACCGACAGCGAUGAAAUGUUUAACAUUGGCUAAUGAUCCAAAGCUUUUUAAGAAUAUUACUUUUUUAAUAUUACUUUAUUAAAUAUUACUUUUUCAGAACAUUUGAAGGGUACACGAAAAGAAUAUGUCUAGUCACUCUGACAACGUUUUGAGUAACUGCGGUUUGAAAGCAACGAUGUACAUAAUAAUGUAAAACAUAGGAGAUAUUUCUAUUAGUUUAAAAUACCCCGCAGUUUCAAUUGCCCCCCUGCACCUUAGGUGUUUUUAAAGUAAAAAAAAAGCGAUUUUGAUAGCCCACGCAGUUCAAGUGUCAUUUUAAACGUCAAACUUCUAUGAAAUUAUGACGUAUACAUAACACUUACACUACGUGGGAUAUCAAAUCCGCUGCAGACUUUUAUUGGUGCGACUAUAUGUUUAUGAUUACAGAGGUAACCGAAGUUGUUACUAAUAGUUCAAUGAGAGCUCUACGUUUUGAGAUUAAAUUCUCAUUUUUCAAAACAUCGACUAGCGCAUGUUCUUGCCGUGUACCCUUCAUUUGACUGUCUUGUACUUUACUAUUGGAAAAAAGAGUCUCAAUAAAAUUAUAAAGUGAAUUUAUAAAAUAUUUUAUAAGACAAAUAGCUAGUGAUAAUUUGCGACUUUACCGUCGAUAUGUAUUUGGCUAAUAUAUUUGUAGGUAUAUAGGGUGCAUAAUAGGUCCAUUUCUUAAGGCGGACCUAUAACUAACAUCGGCUACUUAUUUGUGACGUAUCAAGAUUUUAUGGUCAAGUAUCGCCCUAUUAAAUUACUUUAUUAUCUUAUCAAUAUUCUUAGAAAAUUACAAUCUGCUGUCGUUUUCGAGUCACAAUAUAACCAAAACAAUAUAAUAGGUAUAUAUUUAAUUUUGAUUGUAAACAUUAAGAUACCUACCCAAUAGGGUAACCGUAGGAUACUCGUAAAAUGGAUGAUAUAGAAAUAUCUAUAUUUAAUACAUCAUUCCAUUUUACGGGGAUUCGUAUUUGCGGUAAAUAGCUAUUCGCGAGAUUACCGACGGACUACCUAGUCCGUCGUCGUACCGUACCGUAGGUCCCUACCUAAACAAGAGGUACGGUAUAUAGUACCUACCUAUUCUAUAAAUACAAUUUGUUAAGUACCUAAUGAAAGAAAUUUGAUAACGAAUA